AUGUGCAUACGUAAAGACGCUGAAGAAGUAAUCGUGAACAUGCUCUGCGACAACGACUGUCUCAUCGAUGACUUAAACGCACUUUAUCAAAACAGUCCUCAUCCAAAUGUACAAAUCAGAAUCUUCGAGCUAGAAAGAUCUGCAUGUGAGCAACCGGAGUUGAACGAUUGUGACAGCAAUGCCGAAUGUCUUGCAAAUAAUCUUCGUUAUCGAUGCAUUUGCAAAAAUGACACGUCCUCUGACACUACCAACAGAUCGUCGUGUAAUCACACUGCUGUCAUUCCUUUAGCAGCUGGAUGCUUUCAACUUUUUGGAUUUUGUAUAAUUUUUUGGGUGAUGCUCGUAUUGUUGCUGCUUGUGCUUCUUAUAUUGUUUCUUUGCUGCGCUAUUCAUCGUUUUCAUCAUCGUCAUCAAAAAUCGACCAGCGCUUCAGAAAAUUAUACGGCAAACAUUUUAACAGUUGAAGAAAGGCGACAGAGUUCCAGCGGAAGUCGAAUGAUAAAUGAAGAAAAAAUGGUACAAAAAACAUCAGAAUCACCAAUAAACUUGAAAGAUUGUUCUGAAUUGAAGAAAGUGGAGGAGCUGAAAAGUGACAAUGUAGAAAUACCAAAGCGAAAUGUUGACGAUGCUAACAUAACAGCCAAAUGUGACAGCAAUAGCAGCAUGAAGAGAUUGCCUACAUCGUCAGACCCAAAACUGAUCAACGACCCAAAACAACGACAACAACAGUCAGAGGAGAAAGUUGAUUUGAACUCAGUUGAUGAGAAGGCUGUUCCUGAGGAUACAUCAAGAUGCUCGAGUGCAUCUACACCAUCAGAUUCAUCAACGCCAACAAUUUGGGAUACAUUCAAAAUUCUUGGCAUGCAAUAUACUAAGCGACAAUCUAUUAAGUCUCAAAAAAGUUGUUCUGCAUCACUCGAUGAACUGAUUCGGAUGCGACAAGAAGAACAACAGCAACAAGCGUUCUCGAACGACGUAAGAACACCUCAUAAUGGAGCUCAGUCGGCACGUCUCCUUCAAAAUCAAUCAGCAGAUGAUCGAUCGAAUCAUAUGUUGAAUCUUACCCAUACAAAUACUAACAGUACUAAUAUUCCCUCUUCAAACGGUUCUACUCCGAAACAAGAAUCAAAAGUAUCCGACGAAACCACCAGCAUCGUCGAUUCCUCUUCGUUGAUGCGAAACACCGAUGAAGUAUCAUCAAAACUGUAUCAAAUUUCGACGGCAGAAAAUAUUUCUGAACAGGAGCAAAAAGAUAAUAAUAAGAGUGAAUGUUGUGAGUCGGGCGUAAGGGACGAGGAAGAAGUGGUUGAAAAAAGAAAAGAAAACGAAAAGAAAGGAACGAAUGAUGAGAUGCAAUUGGCGAUAAUGAAGCGACGAACACCUUCUAAGGAUAGCGUUCUGAGUAAAUUGAAUGAAGUUGUCGAGAAAGCUGCGACGUUGAAUAAUAAUGGUUGUCAAGCUGAACGUGUUCGUAAUGGACAACCUAUCAUUGACAAUAAAAAUAAACGUGUUGAUGAAAAUGGGAAAUCUCAUCAUGAAAUUGAUAAUGAAGCUAUGGUGAGAGAUGCGAAGUCAAAAAUGGUUGCGAAAGAUUUGACAGAAGAUGAACAUACAUUAGUGGGUGCAAAUGGAUAUUGUAGAGAUAGGAAUGAGCCUGCAUUGUGCACAACUCGAAUGGUGGCUGGUAGUUGUGUAAAUGAACUUCUUGAUCUGGUUGAGGACUCAGAACGAAAAGAGUUGAAUAUGGCUAAAUUCGAUGCGACCAUAAAAUCGUCAGAGCGCUACCCUACAAGUGGUCGUGAGAUUCAUUCUGAGCAUGGUAAACGAACCACGAGAAGAACCAAUAAACAACAGCAACGGCAACAUCAAGUAAGUGUUGAGCAGUUGCCUCAGUCCAUUGCUACAAUUCAUGAAGAGGGUAUCUCAGCAACGUGUGCUGAAGAAAAAACAACUGCCAAUGAUCGUGGAAGUGCAUCUUGUGAAACAUUACUGAAUGCUCCAAUUGCAGCAACUCUCAGUCCUGACGUUAAUGUUACGGUAAAUAGCGAUGAAAAUGCUGCUAAACGAUUGCACCAAGGUGAUGGUGAUAGGUUUAUUGUUGAUCACUAUUAUCGUCGACGUUAUGAAACACCCGAACGUAAAUUAUCGAGUAUCUCGGAGAAGAGCGCCGAAUUGGUUAACGAUGAUGACUCAUGCACGUCGAAAUCGUGUCCUGCAACCACUCGUGUUUGUAAUCAUAGACAUACGCCUGAGCUGAAACGAAGAUUUGAGCGUAAAUUUAGUGGGUACAUUUUGGAUGAACGUGCUAAUAAAGCGCCAAAAAAUGGAACAAGAACAGAUGAAUUAGAUGCGGAAUAUUUCCGACAGCUGCCAAAUAUUCUUUCAAAAUUCAGAGCGAAACCACAUGAAGAUAGCGAUGGUUCGAUUUUAGAACAAAAUAAAGCUGUUCUCGAUGAUAGUACUAUUAAUUCAAAUGAUCAGUCAGCAAAAAUGCAGCCAAAUGAUAGUGACAGCAUAAAAAGUAUUGGUGAGCAACAGACCAAUGCACUUAUACAAACAUCAGGAGAAUGUUUUACUGAUUGUAAGAAUGCUGACAAAAUUGACGAAGUCGAUGAAAAAAAUUCAGUAGGUGGUCAGCAAACGGCGAUUCCGAGAAGGGCGGUGAGUAGAGCACGGUCGAGAUCACGAGAAGGUGACAUUCGAUUAGGAAGUGAGCGAGGAAGGGGGACAAGAUUGUCGUGUGGUAGUGAGGGAUGGCGUGAUGAAGGUGACAAGGAAGAGUGCGUAAAUAGAACGUGCGAGAGUGAAAACGGUUUGUUUAAGAAGAAUGCAUCAUCGAAAAGACGAUUAUCUGAUGAUAAACAGCAACAUGCGACUGCGAUAAGACGCAAGAUUGCUUCACGAAGACGUGAAUCAUCGAAUCUAUCUGCUAUUUCUGAUGGUGCUUGCAAUGAACUCCGUUCGACGAACUCCUCCAUCGCCGAUAGUGAUAAAAUUUCUCUUGAAUCGCAGAAGCCACCCUGGAAUUCGUCACCCCUUCGUGAAGGUGAAUUGGAUGUAAUUGCACCGAUCAAGAAUUUCAUAUUUAAAACUGAACCAGACUCAAUUCAAACUUCAUUAGCGACAAUUCAGUCACGAUCUCCGAAACAAUCUCAACGUUCGGCAGUUACUUUACCAUCACUUUCAACGUCUCCAUUCACCACCCUGCACCAACAUCAUCUACGUGAUCGUUCUUUAUCGUUAGCUAAUGUCAAGUCGAAAUCUCCACGCGAUAAUCGCGAUAUUUGGCCUAUUAGAUCAGUUGUUGAUCGAUUGCAAUCGAAUACUUCUUUAGAUCAACCACUUGUGAAGGAAAAUCUUUGGUGGGCUCACCAUUAG